GUAAAUAAGUUUCUAAAAACGAUUAUAAAUUUGACAAAUGAUGUGUGCCGUUAACACACUCCUUUAUACAUAGAUGUGUAUGUAAAAGGUAGUACGUUUAUUAGAGGAAGUGUUAAUACACAUUUGUGCGAAAAAAUUUAUAUUUUUUAUUUACGAAUGAAAACCAAGCUAAAACAAUUUGAGAAAAAAGAAAAAGAAACACGACAGAUCUAUGUGUAUGUUUCUCAGACUGUUAAGAUCAACGCGCUAUUUCAAACUUGUGAUAUGUAUGUAGUGUAAUCUGCAAACUUUAUAGUUGACGUUUAAUAACGAAUAAGCAUUCAUGUUACGUCGGUAUACAACAUGGAUUCUAAUAGCCCUUUAAUAUUUGUAAUAAACGUUUGAUACAAUUUAUGUAAUUAAAAUCAAGAAAACAUAUUAGAAUCAGCAAAGGAUAAACGAAUAAUGGAAUAUAAUACCACGGUUUUGUGCAAUAUUGGUAGUUUGGCAUUAAAUUUUGAGAAACAUAGCCAAAUUUUUUAAUGAAUGCAAGAAGUUAGAACAAUAGCAAAACAAAGAAAUAUGAAUUAUAUACGUAUUAUAACUAUGCGAUAGUAUUUAUGUAAUACACGAAUGUAUAAAGUGUAAAUAACUUUUUACCAUCAUGAAAUUCAACGAAAAGGAACUUGCCGAAGCAAGUAAUGGCCCCGCUGACAUUGAAGGCCGUUUAAAUCAUAAACGAGCACAUAAAUCAGGAUUCAAAGAAAAGUGGUUUAAAUUAAGAUGCAAUUUAUUGUUUUAUUUUAACAUCAACGAAUUAGGACAGAUUGACACUAGGCAACCAGCAGGUGUAAUUAUUUUGGAAAAUUAUAGUAUUAACCUUGAUGCUGCAUCGGAAGGUGUAUUCGCAUUUAGCAUAGCAUUUAGAGACGAAUAUGAAAAGAGACAUGUCCUAAGUGGUCGUUCAGAAUCGCAAGUAGAACAAUGGGUCAAUGCACUUAAACAAGCAAGUUACGAAUAUUGGAGAUUUCGUUUAAUAGUGCUUCAAGAAGAGCUAUGUAGAAAAACAGGAAAAGAUCCAUUGCUUAUGUAUCCACGAAAUCAAGGAAUUAUCAGGGAUGAAGCAUGGGAACCUGCAUCAACUUUCCGAUCUCAUGUACGCUCUUUUACUACGUCAGUUGUAACAUCAACUGCGAUAAAUACAGUAACAAAAGAAAUGAAUUUGAUUGAAUUUUAAAUUAGUUAAUUCAAUUAUAGUUGUUUUACAUUAUUCUCUGAAAUCUGAGGAUUGUUUAAAUAUAUAAAAGUUCAGUAGUGCAAUUAAAUUCAUGACUAAAGAGCAAAAAGUCACUAGUGCAAGUGAAUAGUAAUUCUUUAUUACCAUAUAUUUUCAUUAAUAUCAACAAAAUUAUAUAUUUAGUGCACAUAUAUAAUCUUCAUUAUUUAUUAGUAAAAAUACAUCUUAUACAUGCUUAUGUAAAAUAACUUUCAUAGUAUUUUAAGUACCAAAAUAAUUUGACUAUUAUAAUAUACAAAAGUUUCACGAGAAUAUAACUUUUAAAGAAUUUGUAUUAUAAAUGAGUGAUGAGCAAUUAUUUUAUUAUUGCUCAAACUCUGUAUCUCGUGUAUAGAUUUUUCUAGUAUUUAUAAACCAAAUACUCUUAUAAUGUGUGCCUAUAUUAUAAACUUUUGAUAACUAUUAAUAUAUAUUUAUAAUAUUAGAAUACACAUAUUUUUUCAAGCAUUGUAUAUAAACAAUCUUCAAAGUAUCUUUAUUUAAUUCUUUAAUUCUAUAUUUUAAUUUACAUUUACAAAAUAU